AAAAAGUCACCGAAAGGGAAAGGAAAAGCAGCGGCACCUAGACUGUCAAAUGGCUCUUCGACAAAUAUGCAAUCAUCCUACGAUGAGGACGGGAAUGAAGUCAUCGUUAUGGCUCGUGCUCCUACCGGCAAACCUCCCGCUGAUCACAUUUCCCAGCACACUUUGAACUUCAUGCGGGAUUUGCAAGAUCCUGUCAAAAAUGAUCGAGAAUGGUUUGCAGCACAUAAGAAUAUCUACGACUACAUUCAUGCCAACUGGCUUGCAUUCACCGAUACAUGCGUAGAAGAGAUGAUUGACAAAGCUGAUGACACGAUUGCAUACAUGCCGGCAAAAGACCUGGUGGAGCGUAUCUAUCGUGAUGUCCGAUUCUCAAACGACAAGACACCCUACAAACGACACUUGUCCUGGUGCAUGUCACGAAAUGGAAAGAAGGGCAAUUAUGCAAAGUACUACCUUGCACUUUCGGCAAACGAUAAAAGUGGCUUGCAUGCUGGAUUAUAUGAAGCAUCAAAAGAAGAUCUGCAAGCCGUUCGGGAACACAUUAUCAACAAAACUGGACCCGGUCGUAGAUUACGUGAACUAGUAAAUGAUAAGAAUUUUAUCAAAAACUUCGGUGCACCUCCCAAGUCGAAAGCGUAUUCGAACAAGAGAUCUUCGUUAUGGGGCAGCGAUGAUGAACUCAAACGUGCACCAAAAGGCUACGAUCCAGAACACGUGGACGUAGCAUGGCUUCGAUUGAAGAGUUAUACGGUCUCACAUCAUUUUUCAGAUGAUGAAGUGAUUCAGCCUGAUUUUAUCGAAAAGAUGUUGGAAGUUGCACGAGCGGCAAUGCCACUUGUUGAGAUCAUGAAUGAGAUCUUG